CUGACUAGCAACUUAGCGAAGAAGUUCGCUAGGCCGCACGGUUCGUUGGAAUUACGACCAAGUCCGUGACAGUUGGUAUCAGAGCCUAGUUUGACGGAAGAUGGAAGGUGGAAGUGAGACUACCAACGUGACCAAGGGAGGCGAGAAGAAGACCAAGACCCAGAGAUCUCGCUCGAGGGAGACCAUGGACGGUUUCGAGACAAGGCUAGCAAGGGUGGAACUUGCUAUCGCCGAUGGGGAGGAAAAGUUCGAGGAGAUGGGGCAAGGCAUGGAUGAGUUCCGUGAGGAGAUGCAAGCCGCCAUGAACAAAGUCCUCGCUCAAUGUCUUGAACGAAUUAAGGCCAUGGAGGAGUUUCAUAAGGUCGAGGUUUCUUCGAUACAAGUAGAGCUCGAGAAAGUCUCGCGCAAGUUAGAGAGCGCCGAGGAGGAGCUCGUGCUGUGCAAGAAGGCUCUUGCACAAGGUAGUCCAUCGACAUCCGAGGUAAGGACUCCACCCUCCAAGUUAGAUAUUCCACGACCCAAAUCCUACAAAGGGUCAAGGAAUGCGAAGGAACUUGAUAACUUUUUAUGGAGCAUGGAAAAAUAUUUCCGAGCUCUUGCCAUUUCCGAAGAGAAACGGAAAGUGGAUAUGGCAAGUCUUUUUCUUGAGGACACCGCCAUGGUGUGGUGGAGAAGGAGACAAGGAGAUAUGGAGAAAGGGACGUGCACCAUAGACACUUGGGCCGAGUUCAAGAGUGAACUCAAGAAACAGUUCUACCCUAGUAACGUAGAAGAAGAGGCCCGGGGAAAGUUAAGGCGACUUCAACAUAAAGGAAGCAUACGAGAAUAUGUGAAGGAGUUCACCGAGGUACUUCUUGAAAUCCCAGACUACCCUAAUAAAGAAGCUUUCUUUGCCUUUAUGGAUGGGUUGCAGCAAUGGGCUAGACUUGAGCUUCAGAGACGUGGGGCUCAAGACUUAACCACUGCCAUUUCCAUUGCCGAAUCCCUUAUCGAGUUCAAGAAGCAUUUCGAUGGAGAUCCGAGGGGAUCGCCGGAGCUGCCACUUGGACCUAGCAACUGUUUUGCCUGGACAAAGAUCAUCAUCGGGGCUUGCUGGUCGUCACCGGAGAAGCCAAUCGCUAGAUUGCUGUUGACCUCAAGGAUUGUCGUCGGCAAUAACGGUGCUAUGCCACGGCCGGCGUUGGUGUCCCUGGUUUCCGAUCUAAGAACGAACGAAGAAGAAAAGGGGUUGGCGGCAAUUCUGAUCGAAGGAGACGCGAGAUCUGUUGGCAUCCACAGCAACCGUACGGUAGAGGUUGCUAAGUUAUUUCCCUUAUUGUUUCAACUGGGCGGCCGACUUGGUUUUCAGUGGGCAAGGGAGAUUCGAUUCACUCCGUGUCAAUUAUCUAUUCAAGUUGCGAACUCACCCUCAGGCCUCACCUCAGCCAUUCAUUUGUUAUCCAUUCAUUCUCCUCUUCUCGUUCUUCUUCAACGCGAGAGAAUCAAAUCGGAAGGGGAAGAGCUCUUAUGUGAUGCAAACAGGCCCAAGGAGCGAGAGAAAGGAGACUUCGAGGAUGAUGGAGGUGGUGCCGACACUAAAUCUUGAACCCUAGCCCUCGGAUCUCGUUUUUGGAAGUAUUUUUCAGUGCCAAAACACGAAAAUCUUUUGUGUAAUGGUAUUUAUUUGGUAAUCUUCAAGUCUUAAUUAAUAUUCAGAUUCUUCCUUAAUUUGUUCUUGAUGGAUAUUUGAUACUCCGUAUUUUUGAGAAUUUCAAUUAGUAAUUUAGUAUUGAAGUUUUAGCUUUUAACAUCCAUGUGAAUGUAAUAUAGUCCAUUUGUUUUG